AUGGUUCCGGUUUAUACAAUAUCAGAUUUAUUAGCAUAUUUCUUUAUUCAUAAAUCAGUUUAUUUUGCCUUUUUCCGUGAUACAUAUCAAGCAUGGUGUAUUGCUUCAUUUUUUAAUUUAUUAUUAGAAUAUUUGGGUGAUGAUGGAGAUUAUAGAAUUACCCAAAUAGGAACAACAAAAAUGCCUCCACCACUUUGUUGUAUUAGAUUCAAUCCCUCUAAACAUAAAUCAUUCUUCCUACCCAGUUUAAAAUUAGCCGUGUUACAAUACGCAUUGAUAUUAUAUUUAACAACUUUUAUCUCGGUGGUGUUGCAAUUAAUUGGGGUUUAUUGUAAAGAAAAUUAUUCUAUUUAUUUUCCUCAACUUCAUUUAGUAAUUAUACAAACAAUAUCUUCUCUAAUCGCAAAUCUAAGUUUGGUAAGGAAUUCGACUAUUCGUAAAGAAUUAAUAGGAUAUCAAUUAGGAUUAAAAGAUUUGUGCAUAAAUUGGGCACUUUUCAUUGUUACAUAUCAAGGUCAUAUUCUUGCUCUAGCAGUUAAUCUACACUUUUUUGCGAACACGGAAUAUUUAACCGCAGACGAUAUAUCAACGGCAAUUCAAUCAGUUUUAGUAUCGAUUGAAUUUUUCUUUUUAUCUCUAUUACACAUGAAAGCAUUCAGUGUAAAGGAAUAUCGAGAAUCAGGAGAAAGGAUGUCAACUCCCGUUUUUUCAUCUUUAAGAGAUGCUUUAAAUAUACGGGAUGCUGUGUUUGAUUUUAUUCAUCUUUUAAAAUUCAUAUUUCUCUAUGCUGUCCUAAGAAGACCUGAACCCGAAAAAAGAGAAGAUCCACAAAGAACUGCUGUCUCAUUAAAGCCUUUGGCUGAUAUUAUAUCGAAAGAAGUUAGUAGUGAUAUUGGUAGCAGAGGCAGAAGCGAAAAAGAUUAUCUCAAAAAAGCUUCAAGCUUAAGUAGAUCUACAACUAAUACAAAAAAAUUGAGAGGAAAUGAAAUUACAGUUGAAACUAUUAACAAAAUCAAUCCAGUGUCAUCAACUAGCAUUGAAGAUUCUAUAAAAAAAAUAAUAAGAAUAAUCAAAGAAGAUGAUAUGAAAAAUUCAACAUAUUCAUCAGAAAAUCGUGUAUAUGAAGUAUUGUACGAGAAUCAAAGAGGAUAUUCACCAAUGGAUAUUUAUACAUUUCAAUUGCCGGAUCCAACUUGGGAAUGGGUUAAUAAAGAAUGGUUGAUUGAUAUGUCUGGUGAUGUUGACCAAGAAGGAUGGGAGUAUUCCAUAGCAUUUAAUUUUAAUCGUUGGCAUGAUAAGGAUGAGUCAAAGACAAAAUCCGAAAUUGAAAAAAUUUGGUAUAAAGUAAAAGGCUCCAAAUUAGACAGGGAGAAAUUAAAUGUGAUUGACGA